AUGUCUCAAGAAAUAGAAAAAAUUGACUAUUGUCCGGCAGGUCAUUCUUCUGUCGAUUUCGCUUAUUCUGAUUGCAAAAAUUUCAUUGGGUACGGAAGAUGCAUCAAUGUUGUUUUGAAAGAAAUAAAUGAUUCUAGAUUUGAUAUGGUUGAAUUUUUUAAAGUUAUAAAGGCUAUUCAUGAUUAUGAUUAUGAAUAUAUUGCUACAUAUUAUGGAAUUUCAAAAAAUCUUUCAACACAAAACUACAUUAUUGUUAUGGAAUCAUUUGAUGGUGACUUACAUAAUUUUUUAACCGAAAAUUUUUGGGAUUUAAGUUGGAAAACAAAAAUAGAUAUAUUAGCCUCAAUAGUAUCAGGUCUUGAAAGCUUACGUGCAAAAAAUUUAGUUCAUUGUAACCUUCAUAGUGGAAACAUUUUAAAAUUCACCAAAUAUAGUAAUAUGUCAGUUAUAGAUUAUGAUUUAGGAAAACUUUUUAGUAAUAUAGUGGAUAAUAAUGUUAUGCAUCAACUUGAAAUUGCUGAUGAAAAUCAAAAAAAUACAUCGAAAUCUCGAAAGCAAGAAUUAUUUGAAUUAUCUUCGCAUUCAAGUAAGUUACAUCCACAAUCAUGUUAUAUUGGUCGAUAUAUUCAUACUCUUCAUGGAUUAAAUGAUUUAUUGGUAGAAAUAAAAUCUGGAAAAUCGUCAGAUCCUAAUUUAUUAUUAAAGUCUAAUAAAUCAUCUACUUCAAGUGUCAAUGAUCAUAAUAUUGAUGAGGAAGCAGAAAUUCAAAGCAAGCAAAAGUGUCAUUGA